GAGGGCACCCCGGCUGCCCCGGGUCCCCAGGAGCUUCUGGGAGCCACAAAGAAACUCCAGAUCUGCGUGGGGCUGUGUUUGUGUGACCCCAAGGGCUGCAUGUGUGUUGGGGGGCAGGCCAGUGUGGGCUGUGAGUUCAGAGGCUUUUCCGAGACGUGUGUAUGUGCCCUUCGGAGGCUGUGUGUGUGUGUGUGUGUGUGUGUGUGUGUGUGUGUGUGUCCGUCCUUGGGAAGAAUCAGAGACUGGGCAGGGAGGAAGGCUAGGAGUAAAAUCUUAGCAAAGUCGAAGUGAAUUCAGUUCAAUUCAAGGUGACAAAGUCCCAUUUUUCAAGGACUUAGUGCCCAGGCAGAAGUCCACGGCAGGCCAUUCAGGAAUGCCUGCGAAUGAAUGAAAAGACCGUUGCCUCUCCUGUCUGCACCCUUCCCCCGCAGAUCCGCCCUCGCUUUCCUUCCCUGUGUUCAGCUGCUCUGCCUCCCCCUCCCCCUAGACCGCCAGUCAGCCCAGCCCUCGACCUCAGGGAGCUGCCUUUCUGGUAAUGGCUUGUUCUAACCGGUGGCUGUGCAGGACAGGGCAGGGGUCACCCAAGGAGACCCUAGGAUGGUCUCAUUUGGUCCCAAGGGAUGGAGACUCAGAGCUGAGAGUUUGGUUGGAGCCAGAGCGCAGGACUUGUGCCCUGGCUCUACCUGGCCUCUGGGGGGUCUUCCUGGAGCCAGGACCUUUUUCUGGCAGACGUUGAGGUGGAGGCUCACUGAUGUCCUCAGGCUCCUUUAUGACUGCGGCAAGCCAGACCCAUAUGGGGCCCUCGGAGCUCCCCACAGCAUCAGCCAUGGCCCCUGGCCCUAGCACUGCAGGCCGGGCAUGGCCUGUGCUGGUAGGGGUUGUGCUGGGGGCUGUGGUCCUCUCUGUCAUCAUUGCACUUGCUGCCAAAUGCCACCUCUGCCGCCAGUACCGUGCCAGCUUCCAGCACCACCAGCUGUCCCGGACGGGGAGUGUGAACCACCCAGAGAUGGGGGAAGAGGAUGAUGAUGGCUUCAUCGAGGACAAUUACAUUCAGCCUGGGGCUGGCGAACCGGAGACAGAGGGGAGCAGGGACCACUUCCCUCUCUGAGCCCUAAUCUUUGGACACUCACCCUUCCCUCCAUGCCCGACAGUGUAAGGACAGAGGGUGUUAUGCUUGAGCCUCAAACCUCAGGGACAAAGGUGGCUAGGGCUUAAAGGCUGACCUUUAGGUAGAACAAUCCUCCAUCCCUGGCACUAGCUACCGGAAGUAAGAACGACUCUUUCUCGUUUUGUUUUUUUGGCCUUAACUUGCUGUUUGUUGUUUUCCCUCCCUCACCGUGCAGUUUGUACUCACCUUGUUCCCCUUCCUGGGCUGCCUUGCCCUUCACUCAACCCCCUCUGCCAGGGAUGAAAACUGCCCACAGCCCCCACGGCCUGCUCACCUGCUGGUCUUUUAUGUGAGCCUGGAUAUCAGGUAGAAAUCAGUGCCAUGUUUGUUAAAAUUAUUUCUUAUCAAUCAAGUCCAUGAUCUGUUUAUAGUUUGUUUUUCACAGGAAUUAAUAAAUCUAUUUUCAUUUUGAA